UUCUCGCGCCUGAUCUCAACCAAGCAGUGACAGCAUCGGCGCAAUGGCAGGCCCAUCUACCACGUCUUGCUUUCGGCACGCGCUGCGAGAGUCGUCGUGGGGCGGCGCGAGACGGACGCUGCUGGCCGGUCAGCAGAGACGGAAGCUGCACAGCCUGCCGCCGCUGCCCGAAAACCUUCGCGAGGCAAAGGCGUGCGAGCCGCUUUUCAGUGGCCAAACGCUCCGCCUUCUCUGGAACAGUUGGCACAGUGGUCUGCUCGCAAAGCUUAAUGAUGAGGUGCGGGGGACACAGUGGGAGAACGCCAGCGUGGCGGAGACCGUCAUUGGCACAGCAAGGGAUCCACAAAAAAUCCAAGCAUUCAACUAUGCAUCGCUCGCCCUCAACCACAGCUUCUUCCUGAGCAACUUGAAACCCAAACAACUGUCGCCCGGCGUGAGCCACUGGGAGGACGAGGCGCCGCCAAAGCCACCGCGGGAGCUGGCGGCAGACCUGGACGCCUACUUUGAGUCUGUCCCGUCGUUCAAGCUUGCCUUUUCGUCGAUGGCCUACGGCAUGUCUGGCUCUGGCUACGUCUGGCUCGUGCGUGAUAAGGCGGGCCAGCUGGGCAUCGUGCCCACGUACGGCGCGGGCACCAUCCUGAUCCAGAACCGGAUGCAGAGGAAUGCGGCCAGGAGCGACUGGAUCCUGCCCAGCGUCGACGAGCAGGGCCCAAGUGCGCAGUCAUCACCGUCCUCAUCCUCGCCCUCAUCUGCCCCUCCGUCCUCUUCGUCGUCGACAUCUUCCGUUGGUGGCUUUCGUCAGUUUAGCACAUCGCACGCGCCCUCGUCGGACAUCUUCAACGAGAGCUACUCGCGCGCAAUGAGGCCCACCGAGGGCGAUGCGAGCCGGGGCGAGGAGCUGUACCCCUUGCUCUGCGUCAGUGUCCACGAGCGCGACUGGCUGCCCGACUACGGCAUGUGGGGCAAGGAGGAGUACCUCAUGCGCUUUUGGGAGUGCGUCGACUGGGCCAGGGUGUACCGGCUGUGGAAGAGCUACAAGGAUGACCUCUCAUGAUGAUUCCAUGGAGGAUCGUUCGAGGACUACGAGGAUCACUUCGGCGCAGCAAUGAAGCAGGCAAGGUCGGCUCAAUUUGGUCAAUGUAUGCGGGCAAUAUACAAUUACUUUCAUCUGCCACUGCUGCUAUUCACUAGUGCAACUUCACCUCCUCGUCCCUUUCUGCCCCCCUUUCCAUUCUCAUCCUGCUGCCGGAUCAUGCGCCCUUGUAGGUGUAGCGCAUGCCGCUGAGGCCCUGGGCAUUCUUAUCGACGCUUGCCAUCAUCGACUCUGCGCCCACGACGACGCCCAGGCCAGCGGUGGUGAUGGCCCACCAGGCGGCAUUGGCGAAGCUGCCGCCGCC